GAACAGCACAGAGCACUCUGUAGAGCAGCACAGGGAUUGCUGCGAUGGGGUCUGGAGGUGGGGUGAAGAACCCGGACACCUCGAGCUGCUGGGCUUGUGCUGCAGUGCAGGGAUCCAUCCACCCUGCGCUGCUACUGGCUCUGCUGGGUCUCCUUGGCAUGCCAAUGGCUCAUGGUAAGUACAGCACUGGGAUGCAUGGGGGACAGCAAUGAGACCUUCCCAGGUUCUUCCAUUCUGCUGGGGGGGUGGGAUGACAAUACCACCAUCCCCAAAGGCUGCAGCUCAGCCUGCUGCCUUUGUUCAGGGGAAGAUCCUGAGCUGUCCUCCUGGGAUUGGGGUUCUCACCUUAAGAGGUCUUCUCAUACCACAGGUGCCUGCGGGCCCCCGCCUCGCAUGACCCACUCCCAGCCCUUUGGCGUCGAGCAGCUCAGCAGCUUCCCUGUGGGCUCCAGGGUGACCUACACGUGUCUGCACGGUGCCAUCAGGAUCCCCGGGCUGUUGGACACGGUGCAGUGCCUGCCUGGCUCACGCUGGUCGGAGCUGCGCGAUCCCUGUGGCCUGAGCUGCACUACCCCGACCACGCUGCACUUUGCUGCCCUGUCCGAGAUGGAUGAGAUGAUCAAUUUCUACCCUGUUGGGUUCACCGUGAGCUACAUCUGCCGCCCCGGCUACAAGAACAUCUCAGAAAGCCAACCCACCAGCACCUGCCUUGAGAGCCUGACGUGGUCGGAGGUCCCGGAGUUAUGCCAGAGGAAAUCCUGCGGUCCCCCAGCGGCCCCGCCUGCAGGGAGGACCCUCAGCCCCACAGACUUUCUGUUUGGCACACGUGUGAGCGUGCUCUGCAAUGAGGGGUACCAACUCCAUGGCAGGAAUUUCAUCCAGUGUUGGCUUAAAGGAGAUGACGUUGAGUGGAGUAAACUUCCAACCUGUGAACUAAUCACCUGCUCUUCACCCCCUCGGAUCAGCAAUGGGAGGCACAAUGGUGAAGGUGUAGAAAAGUUUGCUUACAACUCAACAGUGACCUACAGCUGUGAUCCCGGCUUCCAACUCAUUGGGAAUGAGAGCAUCCGUUGUACGAGAGCAGACAAUGCAGGAGGGGCAUGGAGUGGAGCAGUGCCCCAUUGUAAAGAGAAAAGCCCACCUGUCCAACUCAGAGCAAAACCCAUGGAAAGGGGUCCUCCUCCCCGCAGUUCCCAGAAACACAGCCUCAAAGCACCCAAAAAGACUUUCACGAUGGAAAUGAAACUCAGCCUCUAUAAGAAGGCACUCCAAAACACCAACUCCUUAUCCCCUUCUUCUUCGUUCUCCAGGAAGCCAGGGAGCUGUGCAACCUCAGCGCUCAAAUUUGUGGUGCCUCUGUACAAAACCCAAAGCUUCUUCUCUCCCAGAACGCACCAGAGAUCUCCGUGUUCUCCCAAGUACCGCAGCAUCUCUGCUGUUCUCCCCAAGGCCGGCUGCUCUGACAACAUAUGGUGGUCUAAAGCUGCAGCAUUUUGUGGGACGCGGUCGUGGGCAGCCAGGAGAACCCAGACAUGGCAGAAGUGCUGCUAUCACCGGUUUCCCAUCCGCUGCAAAGGGCUCUUUUACCUGUAGGAGUGGAGUUUGGGUGAACGCAGCAGCUCCGACCCGGCCGUGCUGUGGGAACGCUGCUCUGCACCGCCCCAAAGCAGAGCCCCAACACAUCCCAGCCAUGGGCAAACCCGAGCGGAGGCACUGAGCUCUCCCUGUGUGCCUGCACACACUGCCCCAUGCAAUGCAGGGCUGUACCACGGCCUAAACACCUUGUUUUCUAUUUAAAAGAGAACGGCACUACAAGAAUAACCCACAUACAUCCAUCACCGCGCUCUGCUCCUAAGGCACCUCCUGCAGUGGUUGUGCUUCUUCAGACCCACCCCUUUUCCUUUGACACAAGGAAGCUAUGCCAGGCUCGCCUCACAGACAUAUACAAAAUAUGUUUUUCUAAACUGGGAUGUGCUUGAAUGUUCCAGGAUGAAAAUUAUGGGCGCCAGCGUUGGCUGAUGGCCACAGCUGCCUCUCCCAUCGGAGAUGUUAGCAGUUCAUAGAACCACAGAAUGGCCUGGGUUGAAAAGGACCACAGUGAUCAUCUCAUUUCAACCCCCUGCUAUGUGCAGGGUGGCCAACCACCAGACCAGGCUGCCCAGAGCCACAUCCAGCCUGGAGCAGUCAGCUCGAAGGUCACAGAUCCACUCAUCAAUCCCUCUGAGCAGAGCAGGCUGUGGUUUCCCCAACCCCCUUUGAGCCAUUUGCAGUAUUUCAGUCCGAGCUCCACAGUGUCACAAUCUCUUACAGUCAGAGUUUCCCCCACCACCUAUUUCCUCACUCCUUAGCAACACAGGCCACUGCCACAGCAAUUGGCACAAACACAAAGGCACACGGGGAGCUCAGGAGGAGACCCGGAUAUCCACAGUGCUCCCUUGGCUGCAGCAGUCUGGGGCUGUCACAGCCGUAGUGCAACCAGAGCGCUGCCUUCCUCGCCUUGCAAAGCAUUGCCCUCCUGUUAGGAAACCAUAGCACUUUGCACAAGAAAUUGAAUAUUGGCCUUUUGAUCUUUGGCACUGUAAGCACUUUCAUUGGCAAAAAGCUUUUUGCUGUUGUUGUAUCAAAUGUAUGUAUUUUUUUUGCCACUUAUAUUUCCACUGAGCCUACAGGAAAGCUAACAAGCAUUGCACCCUGUGCUCUUGUGUCAUCCCACUGCAACAGAGAAAGCAGAAAUGUCGGUGUUACAUCAUUAGCUGUCAUCUCUGUCCCAUUUUGCACUGUAACUGCCUUGUUAGGUGCCUGGGUCUUUAUUUACAGUUCAUAAUAAAUGAUGACUUUCUCAGUG